AUGAAUUCUUUGGUUGUUUUCCAUAAUGCAAAAUCAUUUACCGGAAAACUCGACGGAACAGAAGUUUUCGGUGAAACAGGUAAUUAUGUAUUCAAUUUCACUGACAAAUUGGCAGAAUUUACGAUCAAACCGAAAAAUAAUGAAAAAUCUUUUGCAAACGUAUCAGUUUACAUUUAUAAUAAGGAUUCACAAUCGUAUGCGACCAGCGAUGUCAUUGUUACAGCUCCUGGCCACAUACAACACUUUGCUGUUGCAAAAGAUAAAGAUCAUCAUUUUUUCAGUACGAAUUUGACGAUAAAUAAUGGCCAAUCAUGUCAUUUCUAUGCAUUCUCGUCAUCCCAAGUUUCCACGCCCAUUUCUUCCAAAGAUCGGAAUGAUUUGAUUUCAUAUGCGAUCGAAACUUAUCCAAACUACAUCGGAAAGAACUCCACGAUGUCUCAUAUUGUUUGGAAAGCGGACUAUUUGUCGGAAAACAAUUACGUUGUUAUCCAAUCGCAACCUGACUCGAAUACGAUUUUAAUUUCAACAUCAGCGGACACAGGAGAGAUCUAUGGGUUGUUCUUAGGACUGUAUUCAUAUACACAACUGUCCGAUUCAGUUUACAAGCCAUCAAACCCACAAAAAGUUUAUAUUUACGGUACAAAGUACAAUGCGACGAUAAAUGGACCAGAAGAAGAACUCAAUGAUGGCGGAAGUGGCAGAUUAAGUCCAGGAAAAAUAGCUGGAAUAGUUGUUGGCGUUAUUUUUGUUGUUAUUGUUAUUAUUGUUGUUUUGUGCUUUGUUUUCUUAUCUGCCAAGUCAUCAUAG